AUGGCACACAUCGGCGUGGCAUCAAAGUCAGCCGCUCUACGCGCAGAACUAAAGGAAUGGGAACGGGCAUUCGCGGCAGCGAAUGCCGGGAAGAAAGCCGGACGAGAAGACAUAAAAAAGGAUUCUGUGAUAGCCGCGAAAUACAAAGAAUACAAUAGAUUGAAAUCUCUCGAGUCAUCUUCGAACCAGACGAGUAACAACGAUAAUGUCAAAUCAAUGGAGCCCCUGAAACUGGAAGAGCGAUCGAAGAAGCGAAGACGGACCUCUCACUCCGAACCGGGAAAUGCGCACAUCACCUCCACACCACGCAAGGCAACGAAAGACAUCUUCGCAACUCCUUCGAGGCACUCGCGGGUCCCAAAUGUACAUCCCUCUCAACUCGACCCUUACGAUUCCCCAUCAGUUCUACGAAGGCUUUUCAGUCCAAGUACGCAUCGGCAAGAUCCGUCUCCCUUACCACUUAAAGCAGCGAUUGGUCCAACACCCCAACGAGAUGGAAAAGCGCUAGGGCUAUUCGAUCUUCUCUCGGAGUCAGGAGGUAGCACAGCAACGCCAAUGGCGGAGAAAUUGGCUGAGCAUCGGGGCGCUGUUGCACAGACACCGUCAAGGAGAAAGAGGCAUAUGGAUACUAUCCAAGAGGAAGAGGAAGAAGACGAUGACGAUGAUUCCAAGGAUGAACGGUCACCCGCAGCAUUUUCUCUUGCAAAAUUGUUCGCGACACCGACAACACUACGUUACGCUGCGAUGGUUGAGGAUAACAAUACUCCCAGCCUUAAUAAAACUCGUGAUAGCAACAACUGUAAUGCCAAAGAAAACUCUACCGGAACAGAGACGGCUGUUGAAUCAUCGAAUGAAACGCCCCAUUUCCUCCGCCGUUAUAAAGCUACUUCGUCAAAUCUUUCUUCACAUGGUCUAGGCCUCAGCCCAACUGCAGUCCGAAAACCGCCGUCCUUCGUGGGCAAGGGACUUUCCGCGCUGGUUCAGGGACUACGCGAAAUGGAGGAAGAGCACAUGGAGGAGGAAUGGAAUGUGAUGAAGGAGAUCGAAGCAGAACAAAAACAGCAGCAGCAGGAAGAAGCAGAAAAUGUCCAAGUGACCGAUAGCCAGGCCCCCGAGAGACCGUGGAAGAAGAAGGGACAAAAACGGACAACAAGAAGGGUGAUUAUGAGGCCUGUCCUGUCGAAACCUAAAACGCCAGUGUGGAAUGAUCCCAACAGUGAUUUUGAUGGUGGUCCUGAAAGUGAUAAUGAGCCUGCCCCGAUACCUGAUACCCAACGUCCUAAUGCUCCCAGAAAGGCUGCCAUGAAAGCAAACUCGCAGCCAAAUGAGGAGGUAGAUGCCGAUACUACGUCGCUUAACAUCAUAUCAGAACCUGUAUCUGAAUCCGAACCUGAACCUGAUGACUCAGACUUGGAUCAAGACUAUGUGGAUGAACCCGAAGUUGAUACCAAAAAUUGGAGGCCGAAAAGUUUCUCUGAGAAGAUGCAAGAAGCGAUUUCGUCCGUCGGGGAUAUCGAGUCUAAGACUGGUCCUAAUACCAAAGAAAAGGCGAGAAAGUCACAGUCUAAACAGGAGGAUGAGGUCAAGAAACCUCGUGCACGGAAGAUCAAUCCUGAAGCGCAUGCAAAUUAUCGAUCACUAAAGAUUCGGAAUAGGUCUCACAAGGGACGGGGGUUUGGGCGCUUCAGACGCAGAUGA